UUUAUUUAUUUUUCGUCUAGCCUUAAAAGGUGUGUAUGUUUCUAACCUAUUAAAUAGAUAUACUCACAAUUUGAACUUACUUUUUGUUAAUUUUGGCAUCAAUGGAAAGGUAAUUUAAAUUUUGUUUGAAUGAUAUAAUACUUUGCCCAACCCAUUACCUUUCCAUUGAUGCCAAAAUUAACAAAAAGUAAGUUCAAAUUGUGGGUAUAUUUAACUUUUGUUUCGUCCUAAUACUUAUGCCGACUAGUGUACACUGAAAAAACAAUUGAAACAAUUGAAAUUGAAAAUUCAAAUAUAUCGCUGUUUAAUGUAACACAAUUAUAAAUGCAGUAUUCAGUAAAUUAUAUACUUUCUUAAACAUGAUCACUAUGCGAGUGAAUCUACCCAUCUCCGUUUGUCUGUUUGAACGCUGUGAUUUCGGACACUAUAAAAACUAGAACAUUGAGUACUCCUAUUAAGGUUCCUUAGCUUUCGAUUUAUCGAAAAAUUGUUUUCCAAAUUAGCUACUCACACUCUAACGCCCACAAAAAUGUGUAAAGUGAAAUUAUAAUAUCACAAAAGUGGAUAUUUGAACUUUUGUUUGCUGUAGAAGAGAUCGUCACUAUAUUUUAACCUCGUUAAGAGAUGUUUUUGCUUGAUAUGUUUUGUAGCGGCAAUAGCAACGAUCUGCAAGAGUGUACAAACUUCGGCUUCCCGAAAUUAGCUGCCCUUCAUAUUUAACAUAGUUUUCUAACAUAUUUCUUCCCUUUUUUUUUGAGAAAAUGAGUUUCCAAUUGCACGAAAUGGAAAAUGUGCCAACGCCGGUGGAGGAGAGUAGGUCUGGUGGCCUGGAUGGGCGGAUCCAACGCCUGGAGGAAGUAGUCCACGCGAUGAGCUCUGAGGUCAGCAAAAUGAGUACGGAUAUGGCGGAGUUGAAGGCCGUGAACUCGGCCAUUCUCGACUCGAAAAUGGCACCAGUAGAGCCAAUCCUAAAGGCCGACUUCCCCAUCCGGUCGAUAGACCAUUUAAAGGAGGUGGACGAAAAGAUUUACGGGAAAAUGGAAAAACACGUACCGCUCUUUAAAUCCAUUUUGGGGAAUAAUUUAAUAAAAAACUUGGACCAAAUAAUAAGCCCUGAAGUAAUCAUGCAAUUAAAUUACAGUGGGUCUAGACAUAAAUAUGGACUUGCAAAUUUCCACAACUUAAAUUCAGUCCUGCAAGAAUCACUAAAACGGGAAGGAUAUUCCUUAUUGGAAUAUAUAAAAGACGUCCGGUUGGCCUUUAUGCGCCAAAAAAAUAAAAUAUAUAAGGGGAGAAGCGCAUUAAAGAAGGCCCGCCAGGAGCCGAACCGUACGAUUCUGACUCUGAAUAAGAAUAAAUAAAUAAAAAUAUGAAAUUGAAA